CGAUAUGUACAAGGUAUCUAAAAAGUCAGCAAGGUUCGUUAUAAAAGCCAGGUUCAGGAAUCAGUGCUAGUUAAACGUUGUCCCUUCGCUGGGUAUCCAUUUUGCGGCGAGACGCGGAGGUUCCUUUAUCGAUUUUAUGCAAGCACGUUCGUCCUCAAACAGUAGAAGUUCAUAUAACGACCUCUACCGUCCGCUGAAAUUGCUUGGUCUACAACCGCGAUCUUGUGUCACUCGCUCAAGCUCGCCUCCAACGCCCUCAUCGCCAUCAGCACAGAAGUUUUCUUCCAGGGAGUUCAACGAACGACGCGCUAGCUGGAAAUCUUUGUGUGAGCUCAUUCCAGAGGAGCUCAACGUUCUCGCUUCGGACUUGUCCGUGCCUCUCCACAAGCAUCUUGAUCUCAGCUCCGAAGUUUUCAAGCGACACCACAAACCAAGGAGCCCCCUCAUAAGAUCUCAAACAGAACCCUGUUACUUUUCUACAGCAACCACAAAGCCUAUACAUAUUCCAAGCUCCAAGACCAUGGCAACUCUGUCACCCAAUACCAACACCCUCAACGCUCGCGUUCGAGGCAGCAGUCAUAUCGACUUCAAAACAGCGACCACCGGCGUUGCAGCAAAGUCAAUGCGCAAUGAGCUCAGCCAUCUAGUGAGCACUGUCGAUGAUCAAGCCAAGCAGGCAUUUGACACCGAGAUGCAAUCGUUCUUCUAUCUCUUCACCCGCUAUCUUUCAGAACGCGCAAAAAGCGUGGAUCUCGACUGGGAUCGCAUCAAGUCCCCUGCAGACGACCAGAUUGUAGCUUAUGAUAGCCUACCUCAACCUCAUGACCACAGUAACCUUAACAAGCUUGCCGUACUCAAGGUCAAUGGUGGUCUCGGUACUUCCAUGGGCAUGACUGGCGCCAAGAGCGCGCUGGAAGUCAAGGAUGAUAUGACCUUCCUGGAUCUCACCGUGCGCCAGAUCGAGCAUCUCAACACGAGCAACCGGGUCGAUGUUCCGCUUAUUCUCAUGACGUCUUUUAACACCCAUGAGGACACCCUGCGUAUUAUUAAGAAGUACGCAAAUCAGCAACUCCGCAUUACGACAUUCAAUCAGUCGCGGUACCCCCGGAUCUUCAAGGAGAGCUUGCUUCCCUGCCCAAAGCGUGCUGACGAUGACAAGAAGCACUGGUACCCUCCUGGCCACGGUGACUUGUACAAUGCGCUGCUUCACUCUGGUCUAUUGGACCAGUUGAUUGAUGCGGGGAAGGAGUACCUCUUCGUUUCUAACUCGGACAACUUGGGCGCAGUUGUUGACGAAAAGAUCUUGCAACACAUGAUCGACUCUCAAGCGGAGUUCUUGAUGGAAGUCACUGACAAGACGAAGGCUGACAUCAAGGGUGGUACUCUCAUCGACUACGAGGGCUCAGUUCGCCUUCUUGAGAUUGCGCAAGUUCCAUCAGAGCAUGUCGAGGAUUUCAAAUCUGUGCGCAAGUUCAAGAUCUUCAACACAAACAACUUGUGGAUCAACCUCCCAGCGCUCAAGCGCAUCAUGGAGACCGAGGGCAUGGAACUCGAGAUCAUCAUUAAUCCGAAGACCAACGAAGAUGGCCAAUCUGUGGUCCAGCUCGAGACCGCCGCCGGCGCGGCCAUUAAGCACUUCAAGAACGGUCAUGGCAUCAACGUGCCACGAUCGCGCUUCUUGCCGGUCAAAUCAUGUUCCGACUUGCUUUUGAUCAAGAGCGAUAUAUACUCGCUGCAACACGGACAGCUCGUCCUCAAUGAGAGCCGAAUGUUCGAGACCACGCCUGUGAUCAAGCUCGGCGACCACUUCAAGAAGAUCCAGCAGUUCCAGAAACGAUUCAAGAAGAUCCCCAAGAUCAUCGAGCUCGAUCACUUGACUGUUACGGGCGAUGUGUAUUUCGGCCGGAACGUGACUCUUCGCGGGACUGUAAUCGUCGUUGCCAAUGAGGGUCAGCGCAUUGAUAUCCCUGAUGGCUGUAUCCUUGAGAACAGGUUGUUGUCUGGAAACUUGAACAUGAUCGAGUUGUAAUUUGCUUAGGAAGAAACCUUACGACGACACACGGACAAUUACAUAGAUGGCAUAUUCCUUUUUUUAUCUUACUUGUUUUCUGCUCGUUUUUUUUCUCACUCACGCAUGAUCCUGUUGUUGAAAUCAUCCUUGUACCGAUUUUCUAUUAUGGACAACGAGCUUCCGAUGGCUUUGGUUUCAUGAUAGCGUCGCGUUGACCAAACUACUUUUACCUUCUGCGGCAAUCUCACUGGCGUUUACUACCA